AUGAUAAUUUUUGUUUACUAUAACAAGAAAAAGAUUAAGAUUGUUUUAUCUUAACCUUCUUUAUAGUUGCUCUAUAAGUUUGUUUAAGAAAAUUUAAAAGUAAAUAAAAAAACCAUAAACUAAAGUUACCAUUUGACUUUGAACUUAGAGACAACAUGAAUAAAAUUGUAUUUGAUUUAUAUGAUGGAUUAGAAUUAAAUGUAUGUGAAGUUAUUACAAUAAAUUAAUAAAUGAAAUCAAAAACAGUUAAUGAUUAAUAAUCUUUUAGAUAAGGUAGAGAAAGAAUUCAUUCAUUAAAUUUACUAAGUUCAUAAAAGAAAUCAUAUUCAGAUUUUUCAUCUCCAAAUGACUAAACUCAAAUUUAAUAAAAUAAAAGGGAAUAAAUAAUUUAAAAAAUGAUGGAAGAUAAAUUAUAUAGAGAAGAACAACAGAAAUUAAACAAUGAAGGAAAUAAACUUAUUAAGUAGAUAUAGAAAAGAAUAAAGUUAAGGGAAUAAGUUAUUAAAUUGAAAGAUGAAGCAUUAAAUCUUUCAGAAUUAGAAAAAAAGAAGGUAUAUACAUUAUAGUAAAAUUAAAGAUAAUAUUGGCAUAGAAAAGAGAACUAAGUUAACCAAUUAGAUUAGAUAUGUUGACUGAGCAUCAAAAAAAAUAUGAAGAAGAAAAAUUUCAAAAAUUAUAAUAAAGACAAUAAUAAAAAUAAGAACAAGAAGAAGAAUUCAAAAUGAAGUUAAUUAAGUUUCCAAAAAGUUAAACCCUUGUUCGUCUUGAAGAGGAAUAAGCUAAAUUAAAGCUAUCUCAAUAAUAAGCAGCAGAACAAAAAAAAUUAUUGAAAUAAAAAUAAUUAAGAUAUGGAGAAUCUGUAAAAGAUAGUUUCCUUAAAGAUAUAGCUAGACAUUCUAUUUCACCAAUUAAAUAAACAUAAGAAUAAAAUAGCAUAUAGAAAACUCAAUUAGAUAUUGCUAAAUAAAACAUAAAAAAAUUAUAAAGUUUAUUGGGAGAAAAGAAAGUAGAUAAAAUAUUGAUUCUACCUGAAAGAAGAAGUGUGAAUGAUAUUAGAUAAAGAGGAUAAAAUUCUUUAAUUGAAAUGAAAAGAAGUGAUAAAAUUGAACAUUUAGAUAAACCAUAUACAACAGAUCAUAAAAAUUUAAUAUCAAAGAGAAAAAUGUUAAAAUCUGGACUCAAUUCUGCAAACUUUCCUUCAACUUUGAAUGAUAAUAAACCAAUCCAUUUUGAAGAAAAGUAUUAAAAUGUCUUGAAAUCCAUUAUGGAAUUAGAAUAAAAAUGUAAGGAAAGAGAAAAAAGAUUUAUGCUUAAUAAAUCUCAAUAAUUAGAAGAGGAAGAAAAUGAAAAGUAUAUUGAAAAAUUAAGAUAAAAAUUAGCUUUGAUUUGA